AUGAGCGUAAACGGCGACAAAGUCUCCGGCGAGAGAACAAAUUCCGAUUCAGAUCGUCCGGUUAGAGUCUACGCCGAUGGGAUCUACGAUCUCUUUCAUUUCGGUCACGCUCGCGCCAUCGAACAAGCCAAGAAAUCGUUUCCGAACACCUAUCUGCUCGUUGGAUGUUGCAACGACGAAAUUACGAAUAAAUUCAAAGGCAAGACUGUGAUGACUGAAUCUGAGCGUUAUGAAUCUCUCCGACAUUGCAAGUGGGUCGAUGAAGUUAUUCCAGAUGCACCAUGGGUUCUUACUAAAGAGUUUCUUGAUAAGCAUAAGAUCGACUAUGUAGCUCAUGAUGCUCUUCCUUAUGCAGAUGCUAGUGGAGCUGGUAAUGAUGUCUAUGAGUUUGUAAAGUCGAUUGGGAAAUUUAAAGAAACUAAACGAACAGAGGGGAUAUCGACAUCAGACAUAAUCAUGAGAAUAGUGAAAGAUUACAACCAGUAUGUGUUGCGUAAUUUGGAUCGAGGAUAUUCUAGAGAAGAACUUGGUGUCAGCUUUGUUAAGGAGAAGAGGCUUAGAGUGAACAUGAGAUUGAAAAAACUACAAGAGAAAGUGAAAGAACAGCAAGAAAAGAUACAAACUGUAGCAAAAACUGCUGGAAUGCACCAUAACGAGUGGGUUGAAAACGCCGAUCGUUGGGUUGCUGGCUUUCUUGAAAUGUUUGAGGAAGGUUGUCAUAAAAUGGGAACAGCCAUCAGGGACGGGAUUCAGCAACGGCUAUUGAGACAGGAAUCAGAAGAGAAUCGACGCAUGCUUCAAAAUGGACUGACAAAUGGCGAUGAUGACGAUAAUGACAAUGAACCGAUUUCCAGUGACAACGAGUUUGGAGGAGAGGAAAAGCAUAAUGAUGAUGAAGAUUGCUUAAAUGUGAGCAACAAAGUGGUUGAAAUAGUAAAGAAAUGA